CACCGACCGUCUGAGUCCAGCUUUCACCGAGGAGCACACCGGGAGGAGAGGAGCGUGAGGGAUCCGUCCCAGGGGCUGGACUUGACAACUCGGGAUUUGUCCUCCUGCCGGUACCGGAGAGGAGAGGAGAGGAGAGGAGGGAGAGGAGAAGAAGGGGGGGGGGAAUCUUCUGCGCUGGAUCUGGAGCGACCAGCUCGCCUUUUUCUUCAAUCAGGGCUGCGGUUCAAGUCGUUCAAGAUGCCGGUGUUUCACACCAAGACCAUCGAGAGUAUCCUGGAGCCGGUGGCCCAGCAGAUCUCCCACCUGGUCAUCAUGCACGAGGAGGGGGAGGUUGACGGUAAAGCCAUCCCGGACCUGACGGUGCCGGUGGCUGCGGUGCAGUCGGCUGUCAGCAACCUUGUGCGGGUGGGGAAGGAGACGGUUCAAACCACCGAGGACCAGGUGAUGAAGAGAGACAUGCCUCCUGCAUUCAUCAAGGUGGAGAACUCGAGCUCUAAGCUGGUCCAGGCGGCUCAGAUGCUGAAGGCAGAUCCGUACUCUGUUCCAGCUCGAGAUUACCUGAUCGAUGGAUCCAGAGGGAUCCUGUCGGGGACGUCCGACCUGCUCCUUACCUUUGAUGAGGCUGAGGUGAGGAAGAUAAUCCGUGUGUGUAAAGGUAUCCUUGAGUACCUGACAGUAGCUGAGGUGGUGGAGACCAUGGAGGACCUCAUCACCUACACCAAGAACCUGGGACCAGGUAUGACCAAAAUGUCAAAGAUGAUCGAGGAGCGACAGCAGGAGCUUACGCACCAGGAGCACAGACAGAUGCUGCUCAACUCCAUGAACACCAUCAAAGAGCUGCUGCCUGUUCUGAUAUCAGCUAUAAAGAUUUUUGUGGCUACAAAGAGCAGUCGAGGUGCCGGCGUUGAGGAGGCGGAGAGGAACAGAAGGUUCACUUUUGAAAAGAUGAGCGGAGAAAUCACUGAAAUCAUCCGAGUGUUACAGCUCACCACGUGGGACGAAGACGCCUGGGCCAAUAAGGACAUGGAGGCUUUGAAGAGAUCUCUGGCUCUGAUUGAGUCAAAGAUGGGACUGGCUAAAACCUGGCUCAAAGACCCUCACGGACAGCCAGGAGACCCCGGUGAGGUCGCCCUGCGUGUGAUCCUGGAUGAAGCUGGGAAGGUGGGAGAGCUGUGCGCUGGGAAGGAGAGGAAAGACAUACUGGCAACCACUAAAGCUCUGGGACAGAUGACGGACCAGGUGGCCGACCUCAGAAUCAGAGGCCAGGGCCCGACCCCGGGGUGUGUGCAGCGUGCAGGCCAGUGCUCUCAGGGCUUAGACUUGUUAUUUGGCAAAGUGGACAGCGCUGCUCGCAGACUGGAGGCUUUAAUCAAUGCCAAGCAGGCAAUAGCCAGGAGGCUGGAUGCUGCACAGGCCUGGCUGGCCGAUCCUAACGGCGGUCCUGAGGGGGAGGAAAACAUCAGAGCGCUGCUGGCAGAGGCCAAACGCAUCGCCGAUCUCUGUGAAGACCCCAAAGAGAGAGACGACAUCCUGCGCUCCAUCAGUGAGAUCGCAGGCCUCACCGCCCGACUCGUGGAGCUGCGCAGACUGGGUAAAGGUGACACCCCUGAGGCCCGUGCGUUAGCGAAGCAGAUUGGUGCAGCUCUGCUGAACCUGCAGUCCAAAACCAACCGGGCCGUUGCCAACAUGAGACCGGCCAAACCCGCCAUCACCCUGGAGGGUAAGAUGGAGCAGGCCCUGCGCUGGGUGAACAACCCCGGAGUGGACGACAGAGGAGUAGAGUGUGAGAUACUGCAGUGGAACGAAGGCCAGGCAGCAAUCAGAGGGAUGGUUGGAGAAGGGAGGCGGCUGGCAGGAGGCCUGUUGGGUCCGUACAGACAGGAUAUGAUUGGACGCUGCGACAGAACAGAGGGUCUAAUGAACUCUUUGGCAGACAUGGCCGGCAGGGGCGAGGCCGAGGCUCCUCAUGCACGGGCAACAGCAGCUCAACUGCAGGAAAGCCUUAAGGACCUGAGGAAGCACAUGCAGGAGGUGAUGACCCAGGAAGUAUCUGACGUUUUCAGUGACACCACCACCCCUGUCAAACUGCUGGCUGUGGCUGCGACUGCUCCGCCCGAUGCCCCCAACAGAGCGGAGGUUUUUGAAGAGCGCGCAGGAAACUUCGAGGCCCAUGCAGGCCGACUCGGGGCGACAGCAGAAAAAGCUGCAGCCGUGGGAACAGCCAAUAAGAGCACAGUAGAGGGCAUACAUGCUGCUGUGAAACAUGCCAGGGACCUCACACCACAGGUGACUUCUGCUGCUCGGAUCCUGUUGAAGAAUCCAGGAAAUAAAGCGGCGUACGAGCACUUUGACACCAUGAAGAACCAGUGGAUUGACAAUGUGGAAAAACUUACUGGUCUGGUGGAUGAGGCCAUCGACACCAAAUCUCUGCUUGAUGCAUCUGAGGAGGCGAUAAAGAAAGACAUCGACAAGUGCCGAGUUGCCAUGGCGAAUGUUCAGCCCCAAAUGCUUGUUGCCGGGGCAACGAGCAUAGCAAGACGAGCUAACCGAGUCCUGUUGGUGGCUAAGAGGGAGGUGGAGAACUCUGAAGAUCCUCGGUUCAGAGACACAGUGAAACAUGCGUCAGACAUCCUCUCACACACCAUCUCGCCCAUGGUGAUGGACGCUAAGGCCGUGGCCGGAAACAUACAAGAUAAAGCUCUGCAAAAGGCUUACUUAGACUCGUGUCUGAGGAUUUUGGCUGCAGUGGGAAAAGUUAGAGAAGCCUUCCAGCCUCAGGAACCUGACUUCCCUCCUCCACCACCGGACCUGGACCAGCUCCAUGUUAGCGAUGAGCAAGCUCCACCCAAGCCCCCCCUGCCUGAGGGUGAGGUUCCCCCACCGCGGCCUCCUCCUCCAGAGGAGAAGGAUGAGGAGUUCCCGGAGCAGAAGGCUGGAGAGGUGCUGAGCGAGCCCAUGAUGGUGGCCGCCAGGCAGCUGCACGACGAGGCACGCAAAUGGUCCAGCAAGCCUGAGGAUGAGGAGGCAGUAGAGGAGAGGGAGGUAGAUGAUGAAGAUGAAUUUACUGAUGGUGAGGAUGACUAUGAGCCAGAACUGCUGAUGAUGCCCUCCAACCAGCCUGUCAAUCAACCCAUUCUGGCAGCUGCCCAGUCUCUCCACCAGGAGGCGCGCAAGUGGUCCAGCAAGGGUAAUGAUAUCAUAGCAGCAGCCAAGCGGAUGGCUCUGCUCAUGGCAGAAAUGUCUCGACUGGUGCGGGGUGGAAGUGGGAACAAGCGCGCACUUAUCCAGUGUGCUAAGGACAUCGCCAAGGCGUCAGAUGAGGUGACCAGGCUGGCUAAAGAAGUGGCCAAGCAGUGCACUGACAGACGCAUUAGAACCAAUCUGCUACAGGUGUGUGAGAGGAUCCCCACCAUCAGCACUCAGCUGAAGAUCCUUUCGACCGUCAAAGCCACCAUGCUGGGACGGACAAACAUCAGUGAAGAAGAGUCAGAGCAGGCCACGGACAUGUUGGUCCACAAUGCCCAGAAUCUGAUGCAGUCGGUGAAGGAGACGGUCAGAGAAGCUGAAGCGGCCUCCAUCAAGAUCCGCACAGAUUCAGGCUGUACGCUUCGCUGGGUACGCAAAACCCCUUGGUACCAAUGAAAACCUGGUCAGUGACAGUACAGUAGUAACACUCUUGACUCGGCAACGAUAGCACACAACUUGACUAAAAGUAGCAAACGUGCACUCAAAAGAGGAAACUGCAGGUGAUUUUGAUCCAUCCUCCACUGUAGUGUAAUACCAGGAACCAUUUCAUCUGGUACAAAGCAGGUUUUAUUUGUUGGAGUCAGUUCAGCUUUGCUCUCCAGUUCCCUUUAUCUGUAAGCCUGGUAUCCUGCAGGCUCAUCAGAGACAGUUUUUAAUAUAUAUUUUUGGUAUGUUGUGUUACAAGAGUUUAUCCAAAUCCCAGGUAAAUAUAUUUUUCUGCAUGAAAAUGUUUUCUAUUUUCUAAAGGCAAAAUAUGAUAAUAAGAUAUUUGUCUCUUUAAGGACAUUUACUUUUAUUCAGUUUUUUUUUCAGUGAGAUUCUUAUUCUCUAUUGUGUAUAUAAAGUAUUCAUUUUGUUUUAAGGAAAUCACUCAGCUUUGAGUUUUGUACGCCGAGUUUGACACUAAAGUGUGGAGUCUUGUGUGGGCUGAUGAGCCUCUUCAUGUUUACGUUUAUUAGCAACACUGUUCUGAAGAUCUAUGAAUUUAAAGGUGAUCUAUCUAUACUUGAAGAACUAUAAUGUCUUCUGGAUUAAAAGUGCUAUGACUUAAAGGCAAAUAAUACAGCAAAGAACCUUGGUUCUCAACUGGUGGGUCAGGACCCUAAGAUGGGUCACAAACUAGUUUCAGCGGGUCGGGGAUUUUAUGCUACAGAAAAAAAGAACUUGUGGCAAAAAGUCUAUGCAAGCUGCUUAAAUUCUAAAGGACGUGUUUCCUAAUUAAAAUGCACUUGCAGUGGGGGCGUUUGUUGACUCUCCAACACAGUAGUUAAUGCACCUCAAAGCUGGUUGCUACUUCUAAUAAACAACAAGGGAAGAAGAAGUGUAAAGUAUUAUUGUAAUGGUGCGUUCCAUUUGAUCGCAGAAGUUGGAAAUUCCGAGUUACCGUUCUGACACGUUAGCAGGAACGCCCCCCUGAAGUGGGAAGUCUGACUCGGAAACUUCAGUAGUCUGAGUUAAAAUCCAACCUGGCUGCUCUGUGCAUCCACAGAAACGUUUAAGCUGAAACUGGUGUGUUUAUAAGCAGCUUAGUCCUCUUUUUGUGUAAUUAAAUAAAUCACAGUAAAAGUAUUAACAUGCUAUCAAUGUUACUUUCGCAUGCAAACUAUCACGCAGUGUGUUGUUAUCGACGGGUAUUAGCUAACAAAACAAAGGUGCUCCUGGAGGCGUCCGUGUUGCUUGUCUGACUUGCAACUGGAACACGAACUCGGGUGUGAUGUCAUUCCCAGCUCAGAGGUCUGAGUUCAGAGGUUAAUCGAACUACUACGCUACUAGUUUAAAAAUGCUAAUUUGACAUCUUAUACACUGAUAAUAGUUUUCUUACAUUGCUGCACACAGCGCUGCAACUGUUUUUUUGUCCCCUGUCUCUCCCCAAAGUACCGACCAAUGGAAGCAUGAAUCUAUCCAAAAUGCACCAUAGUUGAGAUUUUCAGAAUGGGUCCUGAAGCUCGACCAGUUGAGAACCACUGGCUUAGAGGGUGAUUGUAUAUUUAAAAAAUAUAUAUUGUUAAUAAAGUUUUUUUUUUGUUUGAUUGCAGAAAUGUCUAUAAUUAAUAGAUAUGAGGUUUUCACUUGCUGAGAUGUUUUGAACUGUUUUAACUUUAUUUAAAUGUCGCAGUGACAAUGCCAAAGGUUUUCUUUAACAUUACUGUAAGCUUCUUGAAGUUCUCUAAACACUUCAAAUCCAGGUUAUUCAAAUAACAACACUGACAUUUUCUUUACAGACCCUGUUGUAGGCCUUCUUUUUAGGUCUUUUUUUAAAUCAAGAGUAUGUUUUCUGCAUUUUUUUAAAAUGUAUUGUAGUGCUUUGUUUCUGCAAUUACUCUGUAACAGUUGAACUGUUUAGGUUUAUUUAUCAAAAAAUAUGAAGUGAUUAUUGACAGCCAUCCAAGAUCCUGUUUUUAGACUUUUCUUUAUUGGUGAGCUCAGUGGUCCCACUUUGAAUGCUCUGACUCUUUCUUGGUGACCCAGGUGGUUUGAACAUAUAAACAACCUUUUUUAUGUGCUGUGACAUUUAAAAAGGACGUUCUUAUCUGGAAACAUUAGUGCGAUAGAAGGACACAUGAUUGGUGACGCAGUUAGUACAUCAAAUUCAUUAAGUGGUUGUAAUUUCUUAAAAAGAAGUUCAUCGAGUUUUGUUAGAUUUUCUCUAUAAAAUGUCUGGGCAAAUUCAACUUCUUAAUGCAGGAUUCUCCAGUUAGUGUGUAUGUAUGAAGCCUAUAUUCACAUAUUAGCGAGCCGUCCCACGCAAAGGUCAGGGAGCGCAGCACAGAAUGUUCACUGUAUUUUCAUAUUUAUUUGGUCGUACUGAGCAUGUAGCAGUCUGACUCCUCGCUGAGAGGGAUUAUACUUCUGUGUGUACCUGAUGUGUUCAUUCACACCCUGAAUGUAUUCUGAUAGCUUCUAGCCCUGCCAACACAUCUGCUGUGCCUUGGAAGAAUAAAAAUCUACUACAAUGAUAA